AAACAGGUCACCGGGGGUACCGGUUUCAUCGGAUUCCACAUCUUGACCCAGUUGCUGGAUAAGGGCUACUUCGUUAAGGCUGCGGCUCGAGGACCGAAAGUCAACAUCCUGAAGAAAGCUCUUUCCGUUAACUACGGUGAGAAAUUCGAAGUUAUUGAGGUUCCCGAUGUCUCUUCGGGUGAUUUAAGUCAACAUUUAAAAGGAGUAGACGCUAUCAUUCAUUCUGCAGCGCCUCUACCAGGUCGGGUUGACCCAGAGACAGCUCUUCGAAUUAGUAUUGAUGGCUCUCUUCACAUUAUACGCGAGGCCGUAAAGGCUAAUGUUCCUAGAGUCGUUACUACAAGUUCCGUCGUCUCAUAUCCUACUCCGGUAGGGCCAUUUGGUGUAGAUGAUUGGAAUGCCAUCACCAAGGAGGAAGCUAUAGCUUCUGGAGUGCCGUUCCAUGUAUAUGUAGCCGAAAAGAAAUACUCCGACAUGGCCGUUGUUGAGUUUGCGGAGAGUCAUCCCGAAAUCGAUCUUACGCUCAUCGGACCUCCGUUCAAUUUUGGACCCAUUGCUCCAGGUUUCGAGCUCCUUAUAUCUGAGCCGAAUCUCAGCGCACUAUCUACCAAUGAAUAUCUUUACGCACUUCUCCGACCUUCUCCGACCACUUUUCCUUCUCUACCGGGUGCUAUCGAUGUCCGUGAUGUAGCUAGGGCGCAUGUCCUUGCUCUGGAAUCCCGGCCAUCCUCCGAGGUAGGACGGAAGAGAUUGGCUAUAUGCUCCCCCUACCAGUCUUCGUACAAGGAUGCGCUCGCUAUUAUCGCGAAGGAGCGCCCCGAACUCAAGGAUCGUCUCGCAGAUGGGAGUCAUGCACCGGAAUGGCCUUCGUACACCCUCCCGUUAAACUGGGAAAGGCUAGAACAUGUGCUUGGAUUGAAGGCGGAUUCGUUCAUUGCAUGGGAAAAGACGGUCUUGGAUGCUGUGGAUAGUCUACUUCUCAUUGAAGGGCAGUGGAAGGAGAAAGGAUUCAAGGUUCCGGUAUGA